AUGGCUAAGAAGUGGACGACACGGCCAAACAGACGAUAUGGACUGCAGGUGAUUAACAGCUCGAUGGAGAGGACGCGAGAAUCUGGGCAAGAGGACCCAUGUGUCAAGGGAACUUCGCUGUCAUCUAGAGCUGACAAUGAAUCAAACAACAGAUUGUGCAGAGAAGACCAUUCAGAGAACCUUCAUCCCUUUUCUAAACCAGACAAGACCGAGCGCGAUCUCUCUGAGGAAGAGAUAGUCAUUCAGCAGCAAGAGCAGCAGCUGCAGCAGGACCUGACCGCAUUGAGAAGAAGACGUGAGCAGCUGAGAAUAGAGAAGCUGAAACGAGAACUGCAAGCCGAGGCACAGGAGACCAUCUCGAGGAUAGAAGACCAGCUGCAAGAGAAGCUUCAGUCCCAGAUUCUAGAGUUACUCAAAUGCAAGGAGGAGAAGCUUGAGAGCUUUGCUUGCUACCAACGAGAGGUCGACAGACAGAUCAAGCAGCUUCAAACUCUACGCGAACAAGCAGCCGUACAAGCAGAGGGAUUGGAGCUCGAUUACAUAGAGGCGGUUGAGAAGUUGAGAAGGCAGCAUCACCAGGCUCUGUGCGCCAAGAAGGAGGAGGUCCAAGAGCUCGUGAAGCUCCGACUGGAGGGCGAAACUCUCAAGCCCCAGGAGACCAGCGCUAGUGCAGAAACCAGCGCCGUGACCACUUGA